AUGACGAAGUCACGUUUGAUUUCGAAUGAUGCCUCAGACCUGCUAGACAUGGAUGCUCCCUCCAUUACGCCGAGCGACUGUGACCUUGACAGUGAUGUGCAUUCAUAUGCUCAAGAUGCAGUCCACCGUCGACGUCAGCGGUUCCAUGUCACGAAGCGUUCCACUUCUGUUAGGCGUGGUCCGACUCGUCAACUUAGUGACUCUGCAUUUCCGGGUUUGCAUAUAUCUAAACACAAAACUGCGGAUUUCGCUUAUGGCGUUUCUCCUGAUGUGACUCCUCAAGAUAGUAGGUUAGCGAUACUACUCUCCCAUAGUUUUGUAGACAACACUGUAAAGCGUAUCAACUCUUGUUACACUUCAAAGAGUGUUUGUCAAGGUCUUUACCGAACUCGUGAUAUUGAAUUACCUGCGAUGUUGCAGUAUGAUUUUCAUCUUUUGGAAGAGCAUGCUGAGAGUGGCGAAGAGUUACGUGAUUUUGAGGAGUUAUCUGCCAUUCUAAGCCACAUCUCUCAAAACAAAAUGGUGUCUGUCCAGCCUCAAGUGCUUGGCUCUGGGUCGAGCACUCACCCGAUCGUAAAGAUCGGUAUGGUCCUCAGUGGUGGUCCUGCUCCUGGAGGUCACAAUGUAAUUGCUGGUGUGUUCGAUUACCUCUAUUUGCGAAACACGCAAUCUCAACUGAUCGGCUUCCACGGGGGUCUCGAUGGUUUGAUGGGUCGACGCCACGAGAUUGUGACCCCCGAAAUUAUGGAUACUUUCCGCAAUAUGGGAGGUUUUAACAUGUUUCUUUCAGGCCGUGGUAAAGUGUCCGGUCCGGAUGAUCUUGAUCGCGCCGUUGAGGUCGUGAACGACUUGGAUUUGGACGGUUUGAUCGUCGUCGGUGGUGACGGUUCCAACAGUAACGCUGCGUUACUUGCAAAUCACUUUGCAUCUCGUUUUCCUGGCACUGUUUCUGAUGGUCGUCCUGUGCUAAGAAAGCAAUGUUGUGUGGUGGGUGUGCCGAAGACGGUGGACGGUGAUGUGCAAUCGUACAAUAUUGAAGUAAGCUUUGGGUUUGACACCGCUGCUCGUACGUACUCUGAGCUGAUCGGUAAUCUGUGUACUGAUGCGAGUAGUACUCAUUAUACGUACCAUUUCAUCCGGGUGAUGGGUCGUUCGGCGUCGCAUCUCGCAUUGGAGUGUGGUAUGCAAACACAUCCCAACGUCGUUUUGAUAGGUGAGGAGGUACGCCGUAAGCAGCAAUCCCUGUCUAUGAUAGUGGACUACAUUGUAGACCUGAUGGAGAAGCGUUACAGUAUGGGCAAGCCUUACGGUGUGGUGCUUAUUCCUGAAGGACUGAUUGAGUUCAUCCCCGAGAUUAAUGUAUUGAUAACAGAACUAAACGAAAUACUGUCAAAAUCCGACGGGCCGGUGACACAUGUUGCCCCUGAGUCGUUGCCAAAGAGUCGCGCUACCUGGAGUAUGCUUCCUGAUUCUAUUCGUGAGCAAUUAUUGAUGGACCGUGAUGCCACAGGUUAUGUGAUGCUAGCUAAAAUUGCUACGGAACGUCUAUUACUCAUGAUGGUGGAGGCCAGGAUCUCCGAGCGCAAACUGACCCAUUUGAGUUCUUUGAGGUUUAUGCCUCAUUAUUUCGGUUAUGAAGGGCGUUGUGCCAUGCCUUCUGACUUUGACGCCUCUUACUGUUAUUCUUUGGGUUACAAUGCUGGUGUGUUGAUUAGCGCCAAGCGUAACGGUUACAUGUCCGUAAUUAGGGACCUUAAGUCACCUAUUGAAGAAUGGAUGCCUUUAGGUGUUCCGUUUUUACACCUAAUGCAUAUGAUAACUAUGGGUGGUAAGCGUGUUCCUGCCAUUCGCAAGACUUUAUUAAAUCUUGACGGCAAGCUCUUCAAAGUUUUUGAGCAGGUUCGUGAGAUUUGGGCGUAUGACGAUUUGUAUCGUUCUCCUGGUCCCAUUCAGUUGUUUACCAGUGACUCCCAGCGUUGUUUCAGCAUUGCUGACCCAACAGUAGAAGAUUUGAUAGGCAAGCCCAAGAGCUCUUCAGGUACUAAGUCUCGUUUCCUUCUACAGCGUCACAUUGACUGCAUGAGUCCUUUGCAAGUAAGUCGUUUAGGAUGGCGUCCUCCAAUUCCUAACCUUUGCUCUGACCCUCGCGCUCGUAUGAAGAUGUUUAAAGAGGUAUUGAGUAACGACCCAUACACUCGUGACCAGGUGGCGCUUAACUAUCCGCAUAUGAUACGUCGUUGUCAAUUUCACCUGUAUGAAGUUGUUGGUCACUACUCUGGAGACAAGUAUCACAACUUUUCAAACUCAUCUCCGCUAAAGGUUGGUGUGGUUGUGUUGUCUAAGCAGGCCCCUGGUGUGCUUAAUGUGAUUUGGGGUAUUCAUGAGCGUAUGUCUAUCCACCAGGGCACUUGUUUAGCUUUUAACGGCGCUCGUGGUUUGAUAGAAGGCGAUUACAUUAAAUUAUCUGGCAGCGAUUUCGAGCUCUUCCGUAACCAAGGUGGCCUUGAGAUGGUUCACCGUUCUCGUGUAAAUUACUUCCAUGACCCAAAGAACUGGCCUGCUGCUCUUAAGACAUGCACAGAUCUUAAACUUGAUGGUCUUGUGAUAUUGGGAGAUGAGGUUGCGAUGAGUCAGGCUGCUCUGCUUACUGAGUACUUCUUGAGCAAGAAUAGCAACAUUUGCGUUAUUGGCGUUCCUGUGGCUGGUUCUAAUGGUUUGGCGGGUCCUUUGAUUGAGAGUUGUGUUGGUUUUGAUUCCAACGCUCAAUUAUACGCUGCUUUAGUUGGCAACGUGCUUACUGAUGCCGUUAGUAUGCCUAAAUAUUGGCAUUUUGUUAAGAUUUUGGGUCGUUACCCUAGUUUAGAGGUCCUGGAGUGUGCACUUCAGACCCAUCCUAACCUUACUAUUAUUGCUGAAGAAUAUGGUUCAGCUGACAAGACAUUGUUUGAUGUUGUUAGUGACAUUGCUGAUGCUGUUUGCAAGCGUGCAUCUAUGGGCAAGAAUUACGGUACAGUUCUUAUCCCUGACCACCUUGUGUUGCACUUGCCAAAUACUAAUUCCAUGCUUAAGGAGUUACGUGGUGUUUUGAUGGAGGCUUCUGCUGCUGGCAAACGUCAAGAGGCUUUUGACAGUUUCUUGAAUUACGGAAAGAAAACAGAGGUGGCUAACGAGUGGGUUAGCAAGAUGACUCCUUGGAGUUUGGGUGUGUUUACAUCUUUGCCUAUCUAUAUUCGUAAGGAGCUUUUGAACUUCGAUACUGAGGUUGCCAUUGAGGUUUUGGAUAUUGAGUUAAUGUUGGCUAAGAUGGUGAAAGAGGAGUUGAACCUUCGCAAGGCUAAAGGCCUUUACAAGGGUAACUACGCUGCUGUAACUCAUUAUUUCGGUUAUCAAGGGCGUUGUUGUAUGCCAUCUGAAUUUGACUGUAGUUUAGCAUUUGCUUAUGGUCAUGUUGCAGCCAUUGCUGCUGAGAGUCGUUUGACCGGUGUUUGUUGUUCUAUUCGUGGACUUUGUGGUGAAAUUGAGGGUUGGAAGAUGUAUGCCAUCCCAUUGACAAGUUUGAUGAAGGUUGAACCAAACAGUUUGACACCUAUGUCUCUUACCGAUUUUAAAAAGGGUGAAUUACCUAUGAUUCCUAGUUCUGUUGUAAGUUUAAAGAGCAAGGCUUUUAAGAAGCUGACUAUGGCUCGCACGAAAUGGUUGGUUGAAGAUUUGUUUAUCAACCCUGGUCCAAUUCAGUUCGAUGGUUUGGUUACCGCUCAGAGCAUGGUCUUGAUUACCGAGCAUGCAGAGUAUUAUCAGAUGUUGAGUGGUGUCGAGCGCUUCUUACAUGUGUUACAGAACACUUGCAAAUUCGGAGUGAGUGAGGAGUACCUAAAUCAUGCUUUUGUUCAGCUUUGGGGUCUUCUGAAGGUAUCCCAGUCUCCUGGUGAUUUGGUAAGAUUUGCUGAGACUAUAAAAUCGGACGAUGACCCUCAUUUACGACCAAAUAUGAACGCAUUAUCUUUGAACUCUUUUCAUUAA